AUGAAUUCAUUGACAAGGAACAUUGCUUACAGGCUGUUGAAGCAACAGACUAGAUCGUCUUCGUACCUCGUAUCAUCGAUUUCACACAUUCCACAACAAAGCAAUAACACACCAGUUGCAUCCAAACGUUAUGUAUCCUCUAAGGAAUUAACGCCGAAGGAGUUGCCAACCGACUUUCCAUUAAUGUCACAAAAGACUGCCUCUAGUGCAGUGGAUUAUGCCUUGACAUCAUUAGACACAAUUGCCAACUGGGCUAGAAAGUCUUCCUUUUGGCCCGUGACAUUUGGUUUGGCAUGUUGUGCCGUGGAGAUGAUGCAUGUCUCAGCACCAAGAUACGAUCAAGAUAGAUUGGGUAUUAUUUUCAGAGCCUCACCUCGUCAAUCGGAUAUUAUGAUUGUUGCUGGUACAUUAACUAACAAGAUGGCGCCAGCAUUGAGACAAGUCUACGAUCAAAUGCCUGAUCCUAAAUGGGUUAUCAGUAUGGGUUCAUGUGCCAAUGGUGGUGGUUACUACCAUUAUUCGUACUCAGUUGUGAGAGGUUGUGACAGAGUUGUUCCAGUCGAUAUCUAUGUUCCAGGAUGUCCACCUACAGCGGAAGCUUUGAUGUAUGGUGUCUUUCAAUUGCAAAAGAAGAUGAUGAAGACCAGAAUCACCAGGUUGUGGUACAGAAGUUAG